AUGGCGCAACAGCGGCAGCAGGGCAACUUCUUGGGCGGCUACGAUAACCAUGGAGGCUCAGGAACGCCGCUUAGCUCCUAUGCAGAUUUCGUGAGUGGACCACGUCAAUUGGAUCGGCGGAACGACCGGCGGACGCCGAGUUCAAAUGGGGCUGUAAAGACUGUAUGGAAGGAGCUGGAUCUGGGCGGCAUGGCACUAAGGGCUAUCUCGGCACCGCUAUUCCGGUACACGUUCCUGACAAAGCUUUACAUAAACCACAACCAGCUGACACAGCUGCCAGCAAACCUUAUCAGUGCAGUUCCUCCAGAGCUAGGGCUGUGCUCGAAUCUAAAAGAGCUGCUGCUGUUUGACAACCGAAUCACCGAUCUGCCGCCUGAGCUGGGCACCCUGUACCAGCUCGAGUCAUUGGGGUUGGAGGGAAACCCGCUUGCAGGAGCACCUGAAGGCGAUCCUGCAGAAGGAUGGCGCGCGUGCACUGAUCGACCGUCGCCCGACCGGCAGUGGGUUUCACUAGACAAGGACGUGCGCACAGACAGCCCGGAGAUUCUGACAGUGCUGAACUACAACGUGCUGUGCCCCAAGUACGCGACGCCGCAAAAGUACAGCUACUGCCCAUCCUGGGCGCUGGCGUGGGAGUACCGGCGCGACAUCAUUAUUUCUGAGCUGACGACGCUGCAGCCAGACAUUGUGUGCCUGCAGGAAGUGGAGGCAGCGCAGUUUGACGAGUUCUUUAAGCCAAAGCUGCAGGAAGUGGGCUACGAAGGCGUGUUCUGGACCAAGUCGCGUGCACGUACGAUGGACGAGCCAGAGCGCCGGCUGGUUGACGGGUGCGCGACGUUUUACAAGUCGUCGGUGUUCCGGCUGGAGGCACAGCACCUGCUCGAGUUCCAGCAGAGCGCGCUGCAGCGCAAAGACUUCAAGAAGGUAGACGACAUGUUCAACCGGUUCAUGACCAAGGACAACAUUGUUGGGUUUGCAGUACUCAAGCACCGCAAGCUGGCAGGCGAGCCGAUGAUGCUCGUGGCGAACGCACAUGUACACUGGGACCCUGAGUUCACCGACGUGAAGAUGGUGCAGACGAUGAUGCUGACAGAGGAGCUGGCAAUGCUAGCGCGUAAGCACGCAGGAGUUCCGGCAGCCACCGACGAUGUCGGUGCUGGAUCGGAAGCGCAUAAGGUGCAGCUGCAGAUGCAGCAGCAGCAGAAGCAGUUCCAGAAGGUGACGACACUGAUCUGCGGUGACUUUAACUCGAAGCCAGACUCUGGGCUGUACGAGUUUUUGUCACGUGGGCGGCUGGACAAGGAGCAUCCGGACAUGGAGCGCAUGGAGCCGUACGCGGACUACAAACGGCACGCGUACGCCAGCAUCAACGAGCUGCCGCUGACAAACUGCACACCGACGUUCAGUGGCACAAUCGAUUACAUCUGGUACACGACUGGCACCCUGAUUCCGACGGGCCUGCUGGGCGAGCUGGACGAGGAGUGGGUGCGGCAUGCAGUCGGGUUCCCGAACUCGCAGAUUCCGUCUGACCACAUACCGAUUAUGGCAGAGUUCAAAUGGAAGCCCAUGGGGAAUGCCAGCGCGGUGCCACAGCAUCGAAUCCGGCUAUCUACAACUGGUCGGAAGAACUGGUCUAAUGAUGCUGGCCGUGCUCAAGGCCUGGAUUGA